AAGUUUGAUGAAUUUUCACCAUAGACAAAGAAAAGAACAAGUGAUAGCGUCUACAAUUGAGAACUAUCCCUCUUUGGUUCAUACAAGAAAAAAAUAACUUCUAAAAAGUCAACAAAGUAGGCAGGUCCAAAGAUAACAAUCAAGUACGCAUGUAAUUUGGACAGGUAAAGAAGUUCGACAACUGUUGUCUGCCAGUAGCUGGACAGUAUUUAAAUAAGCAAAGUGACUUCCCUCCCUUACUUAGUUUCUUUGACCAGGUGGAAGUUGGAGAUACAAGAGCCAAAGGGGAGAGAAUGUUGAGAACAGGUCUGAUAUGGUUGUUAUCAGCCCUUGUGGUUUCCACUUUUGCCGCUGUUCAAGUGGAAAUAACCGCUAAACAACCGCAAGGAAUUCAAUUCUCAAUACCAGAUCAGGGCUACUCUAUGGUGGGACUGCACUACUCCAUCAACAAGCCCGUGGCUGGGGUCGCAGCAGGAGACUACAACGUGGACAUUCGGACAAAAACAGGUAACAACUUCGUAUACGAAGACAACAGUGUGACCUUGAAGCCGGGAGACAAGGUCAACUACUGGGUCCUGACCAUCGCCAGCACCAACGGCGAGGGUGUCCAGCUAUUGGACCAGUCCUUCACAUAUAACGGCGCUGCGACAGAAGCUCCAACAGUGAAGACCACCGUCACCACCAAAGCUACCACCAAGCAGCCGGCGACCACACUGGCUAGCCUACUGCAGCCCACCAACCAGCAAGGCCUGGGAGGCGUUAACACAGGAAACCAGGUCACGACGUCACACACCAACCACGGAUCGCUGGGAUCGCUGGGAUCACUAGGAUCUCUGGGAUCGCUGGGUAGCGAAACGAACACCGGCACAAAUACUGGAACAAACACGAACACAGGAACCCAGCCACAAAACACAGCAUCUCAAGGUGGCACAACGUUGGUAGCGGCAGCAGUAGAUCCCUACAACAAGGAAGCUACAUGUACCACUUACCCAUGUCUGAUAUUUGAAGACAACUUCGACACACUGGAUGCCAAGCUGUGGGAACAUGAAAUCACUGCUGGAGGUGGCGGGAACUGGGAAUUCCAAUACUACACUAACAACAGAUCCAACGCUUACGUCAAAGAUGGGAAACUAUUUAUCAAGCCGACUCUAACAAUUGAUCGUUUCGGACCAGACUUCUUAGAGCAUGGAAACUUAAACCUAUGGGGUGCCAACCCUACAGAUACUUGCACCGGAAAUCAGUUCUGGGGAUGUGAGAGGCAGGGCAUGCCAGGUCAGGUGAUCAACCCCAUCCAAUCAGCUCGUCUGAGGAGUUCCAGAUAUUUCAACUUUAAAUACGGUCGUUUGGAGGUUGAGGCUAAGAUGCCGACUGGCGAUUGGCUGUGGCCUGCUAUCUGGUUGCUACCUCGAUGGAACUCCUAUGGAAUCUGGCCCGCCUCUGGAGAGAUUGACAUCGUUGAAAGUAGAGGUAAUCUUCACUACAAGGACGAUAAAGGCCAGCCGGCUGGACUCGAGUCUAUGGGCAGCACUCUCCACUUCGGUCCAUUUGUGGAAGCCAACCAGUGGCCCAAAGCUCACGCCUCAACAGUGGCUUCUUCUGGAACAUUCGCUGACAGUUUCCACAAGUACCAAUUGGACUGGGACGACAAGUCAAUCAGAUUUACCGUGGAUGGGACAGAGAUAUUGAAUGUGACACCUCCACAAGGUGGAAUGUGGGAAUUCGGAGAUUUCGAGAAAACUGGUCUAAGCAAAUGGGACAAUCCCUGGGCAGCUGGUGGACAUAUGGCUCCAUUCGAUCAGGAGUUUUACAUUAUCAUGAACGUUGCUGUCGGCGGUGUUGGCUUUUUCCCAGACAACUUUGUCAACUCGCCCUACCCCAAGCCAUGGAAUGACCACACUGGACAUGCAGCUACAGCUUUCUGGAAUGCCAGGAAUAGCUGGCUGCCAACUUGGAACCUGGACAAAGACAACGGCGAGGGCGCUGCCAUGCAAGUCAACUACAUAAAAGUUUGGAAAAUGGGGCCCACCCCACCUUAAAUGUGUCCUUCCACCCAUUUCCUACACCCAGUGUCGAGUUGCUGACAAGAUGCUAAGAAAUAUGUAGCCGCCAGACCAUCUCGUCACAAUGUUGCUCUAGCAAGUGUUUUGAUUGUUUGUUUCGUCAUCGAGAUCCAGUAUUUGAAGCUGUGUUCUUUUAUGCUCAUCUUAUUCGUUUUUGUUUUUUUUAAAUUAAGUUUUUUAACUGGUUAAUUUUAUUUUGUGCAUGAUUAUGAUUUUGUGCUGUCUUUGUCUUGUUGUUUUCUUAAUAUCAUGGCUGCUAGUAAAAUCUUGUACAACCUUAGAUCCCCCCCCCCCCUUUUUUUUUUUAGACUGAGGGAAAACUUUGACUUUGAGAAAAGUUACGAUUUGUUGAUGCAGUUGGUUUUUACGUUCAGUUAGUUUGGCUGCUAAAUUUGGUUCAAAACGAGGCUGAAAUUCGCUAACUCUUCAUACACAUAAGAAAAAGGUUUUUGUUCUUAAAAUCUUUAUGACAGCGCAGUUCCUUAGAUAAUCCUUGUCGCGGCGUUAUGUUGAACCUAGUCAGUGUGUUCCUAAACAUCAUAAAUAGUCAUCUUUCUGGAAUCAUCUUAUUGUUAACCAUCUCUUCGAAAUGUUGGAUUCAUUACAUCAAAUAAAAAUGUCAAAAACAAAA